AUGCCCCGGAUUCCAAUGCACCGUUUUAUCGCCAUUGCGACAGUAGCAUUUUUCCUCAUUUUGUCUUACUAUCACGAAAACGUUUCGCAGACUUUUGUACCUGCAUUUAGAGAAACACCAAAACCAAAAGAACAUGCAUCAGCACCCACACCCGAAAAGUCAACAGCAGCAACUUCCAAACAAGUCGCUCAAACUCAUGAAACAACACAACAAAGUCAAAUCUCACCAGUGGAAUUGAACAUCACGGAUGUUGAUGAUGCUGUGUUUUUAAGAGAUAUUUUGGAGAAGAAUAAUGUCGAAAUGGAGAUUAAUUAUGUUAUGAGAACGAUACGAUACAUUACCGACGCGAAAGAAAGACCUAUGAUGACGAAUACCAGUCAGGAAUUAUUUCCUCGUGGGUGGAAGAAGGUCAAUCUUGACAAGACGAACAGGCUACCGGCGGAUACAUUAGAAGCUUUGGAAAUUCACGUUAUGAAAACACCACGACCAAACGAGAUUGAUGCUACCGAGUUAUUAUUUGGAGUCUCAACCACAUACAAAAGAUUUAAUGACGAAAUUGAUGGGCCAAUAAAGGAAUGGGUACGAUGGCUUACAGAUGGAAAUGGCACAUCGAACGGAGCAGGACUUGUUUUACAAUUGCAUGAUACCACAGAAGAGCAAUUGGCAUCGGCUCAGAAAAUGCUUACAGGUGUUGGAAUUUCUGCAACCGUUUUACAUUCGGAUCCUUCGCUCGAUAUGCCGGGAAGAUAUGUUGAUCUCGUCCCCAUUCUUUACAGCCAUCCAUCAAGAUCGACCAGAAAAUAUCUGGCAUUGAUUGACGACGACACUUUCUUUCCUUCUAUUGGCGCAUUGAUGAAAGAGUUGCACAGUUACGAUCCUGAAAAGGAGAAUUACAUUGGCGCUCUUACAGAGCGAGUGGAUUUUAUUAUAAAUGAUCGAGUUCCUAUGGCUUACGGUGGAGCCGGUGUAUUUAUUACUCUCCCUCUCGCACACACUUUAAUUGGACUCCCUUGUCUCGACGUCGAUCCCUCCACCGGCGAAUACACCGAAUCCGGAUUUCAAGGCGAUCGACUCCUCUACCACUGCAUCAAAAACCACACCUCCAUCAGCCUCGACUAUCUCCCCCGCCUCAACCAACUCGACCAAUGGGGCGACCCCGCCGGUUUUUAUGAGGCCGGCCACCAACCACUCUCUCUCCACCAUUACAAAUCCUGGCACCACGCUACUCCCGAAGUAUCCCACAUUGUAGCCGAUGCCUGCGGCGAAGCCUGCGUGUUCCAACGCUUCGGUUUCGACGGCAAAGGAGCAUCCAAAUGGGUUCUCACAAAUGGAUACUCCCUGGCCGAAUACCCAACGGGUAUUCAUUGGGACAUGUCGAAAAUGGAAGGAACGUUCGAUCUCGGCGAUUCCGAUGGCUGGGCUUCCGGGAAAGAAGAUGUGCGGAUGGUUCUUGCAUAUGGGGCGCUUCGUGAAGGCUUGAGUCAUACGGGCAAGAAGCGUGCGUGGGAGGCGCUUGGGGGGAGGAAGAGGGCCGAUGGCGUCGUGGAUAUGGUUUAUGUGAAGAGGAGGGGGGAUCAUAGGUGGGUGGGUCAGGAUGAGAAUGAGGAGGACAGGGAAAAUGUGGUGACCUUGAGGUUUACUCCUUAA